AUGUUUGGUAGUAAUAGACCUGCCUUUGGUGGAGGUUCUCAACCAUUUGGAUCUACAGCAUCCCCCUUUGCCUCUCAGCCUCAACCGCAGGCGACGACAACAUUUGGUAUGGGGGUCGCCAAUAACAAUGCACAGUCAGGAUUCGGUGGGUUCGGUGCGGCUAAUAAUACAAGUGCCGGUACUGGUGGCCCCACUGGAUCGUUGUUCGGUAUGUCUACCAAUAAUACAACCCAAAACAGUCCCUUCGGUAAUUCUACUGGGGCCGCCACAACAACUGGUAGUAAUUCUGGUACUGCCAUCAAACCAUUCCAACCAUAUGAGGAGAAAGAUCCGACGACUGGCGUUCAAAACGUUUUCCAAACGAUUACCGCAAUGCCAGAAUAUAGAAAUUCUUCAUUGGAAGAAUUAAGAUUACAAGAUUAUCAGCAAGGUCGUAAGUUAGGCCAGGGGACUGUUACACCAUUUGGGGCAACAACAUCAACGAAUAGUAGUAAUACUAACCAAGGUUUUGGUAUUUUAGGUAAUACGAACCAACCACAAUCAGCAGGUAGCGGAACUGGAGGUUUAUUUGGCCAAAGAGCCAAUACCGCCCAGAACUCUCCGUUUGGAUCAGUGUCCUCUGGUAACAACCCUUCGACUACUGGAACUGGGCCAUUUGGAUCCACAACAGCCGCUGGCGGUAAUGCAUUUGGCGGUAGUGGCGCAGGACCAUUUGGUAGUAAGCCUGCAGGUACGACUGGUGGCGGUCUAUUUGGUCAAAAUAAUAGAACUGCUUCAGGUGGUCUCUUUGGUCAAAAUAAUAAUAGUACUUUUGGUCAACCGCAACCCAGUGCAUUUGGAUCUGGUGCAGGUGCAGGUACUGGUGCUAGUGCCUUUGGUAGCAAGCCCGCGGGUACUGGAUUAUUCGGUCAAAAUACUGCAGCAAACCAACCAUUUGGUGCUAAUCCCGCUCCUAGUACCGGUGGUGGUCUCUUUGGUCAAAACAGUAACACCGGCAUGGGAGGUGCAGGUAGCGGUGGUGGGCUCUUUGGCCAAAAUAAUGCCACUGGUAGCGUAUUUGGUCAACCAAACAAUCAAGCCAGUACCGGUGGUGGCUUAUUCGGUAGUAAACCCGCAGGUGGUGGAUUAUUUGGACAGCCUCAAAACAAUACACCAUUUGGUGGAGGUGCUGCAAAUACCGGUGGUGGUGGUCUAUUCGGUCAAAACAAUAGCCAACCUCCUGCCGGCGGUGGUCUCUUUGGACAAAAUAACAAUCAACCUCCUGCAGGUGGCGGAUUAUUUGGUCAAAGCAAUACCCAACCUCCUGCGGGUGGUGGAUUGUUUGGCCAAAGCAAUAAUCAACCUCCUGCUGGCGGUGGCCUGUUUGGUCAAAGCAACAACCAACCAUCUACUGGUGGUGGAUUAUUUGGUCAAAAUACAUCUAGCCCAUUUGGUCAACCAAACAAUCAAGCCAGUACCGGUGGUGGCUUAUUUGGUAAUAAACCUGCAGGUGGUGGAUUAUUUGGACAGCCUCAAAACAAUACACCAUUUGGUGGAGGUGCUGCAAAUACCGGUGGUGGUGGUCUAUUCGGUCAAAACAAUAGUCAACCUCCUGCCGGCGGUGGUCUCUUUGGACAAAAUAACAAUCAACCACCUGCCGGUGGUGGUCUCUUUGGACAAAACAAUAGUCAACCUCCUGCAGGUGGCGGAUUAUUCGGUCAAAGUAAUACCCAACCUCCUGCAGGUGGUGGGUUAUUUGGCCAAAACAACAACCAACCAUCUACUGGUGGUGGGCUUUUUGGAGCUAAACCAGCGGGUGGUGGUGGUCUAUUUGGCCAAAACAAUAAUCAACCUCCUGCCGGUGGUGGUCUGUUUGGUCAAAGCAACAACCAACCACCUGCUGGCGGUGGCCUCUUCGGUAACACACAAAAUAAUCAACCACCUGCUGGUGGUGGUGGCCUGUUUGGUAACAAACCGGCAGGUGCCACUGGCGGUGGGUUGUUUGGUAAUGCGAAUACAAAUACUCAGCCUGCAUUAGGUCAACCAUCUGGUGGCGGAUUAUUUGGUGCUAAACCUGCCUCCGCUGGUGGUGCUCCUUCCACUACAGGUGGUGGUUUAUUUGGCAACACGAACAAUGCUACCCAACCUGGCGGCGGUGGAUUGUUUGGUAACACAAAUAACACCUCUCAAGGUGGAACCGGUGGUGGGUUGUUCGGUAACAAACCUGCUGGCUCUACUGGUCCAACCGGUACGACCGGUGGAUUGUUUGGUUCUACCAACAACAGUCUCCAAUCAGGUGCUUCCGGAACUGGAGCUACCGGUACUGCUGGUGGUGGUCUGUUUGGUAAUAAACCUGCAGGCGCUACUGGUACUACUGGUGGUUUAGGUGGAGGUUUGUUUGGUAACAACAACAAUACGAACAAUAACAGUUUGGGCGGUGCGACUCAAGGUAAUACUGGUAUCGCAGGUGCUGGUGUCGGUGGAGGACUGUUCGGUAAUAAACCACAACAACCUGCUGGUCAACAGCCUGGGUUACCAUCACAACAACAAUCAAAUCAAAAUCAAGUCAACAAUCCGUAUGGUACAAACGAAUUGUUUUCCAGAGUUGUGGUCCCCAGCUCCAUUACUCAGCCUACUAAGCCAAGCGCCACUAAGGUCAAUGCAGAUAUUAAGAAGAAGGCAAGUCUCACAGGUGCCUAUAGAUUAGCACCAAGACCGCUUUUUACUAGCAAGAGUCUUUCCGGUAAUGCUGCGCCUAAAUUUGAUUCCUUCUCAGGUUCGAGCACCCGUAGUUCAUCUGCAUCAUCUAGCCCUGAUUCUAUUGGUAAGGAAUUAGUCCCCACAUCAACAGGCUCUACUCUUUUCAGUCCUGAAACUGAUGAGGCAAUUUUAUCUGCCGAUAAACUUUUGUUUAAUCCAGAUAAGAAAUCCUUCAAGAAUUUGAUCAUCAAUAAGAGAAAGGCAGGUGAAGGUCCUGCAGAGGAUGAUGGGGAAGUCAAGAAGAUUACUUUACAAUCAGACUCUAACGGUGACUCUAACUCCGUUAAUAAGAGUUUAAAUGAAUCAACUACGUUUGGUGGAGUUCUAGAUAGUCCUACUGUUGGCAAGGAUUUCUCUGCGAAGGAUUUCGGUAUGAAUCGCGACAUAUUAAGCGUUUCGCCAGCUAGAAAUCAAUCAUCCGAUUUGGAAGAAUCCGCAUCCGAUAAGAAUAUCAAAACUCGUGGAAUCAUUGGUGAGGACAUUUCAUUUACUGAUAAUGGUUAUUACAUUAGCCCCUCUUUUGAAAGUCUAUCAACGAAGUCGUUGCCACAGUUGCGUAAAUUGUCAGGAUUAGUCAUUGGUCAUAAGAAUUAUGGUAAGAUUGAAUUUUUAGAGCCCGUGGAUUUGUCCAACAUUCCAUUGGCGCUACUAUGUGGUAACAUAAUUAUCUUCGAGCCUAAAUCGUGCUUCGUGUACCCAUACUCAUCGACAGUUCCUGAACCAGGUGAAGGUAUUAAUGUACGUGCUAGAAUCAGCUGUUACAAAUGUUAUCCCGCUGAUAAGGCUACAAGAGCUCCUAUAAAGGAUGCUAACCAUCAAUUGGUUAAGAGACACAUUGAAAAAUUGAAAAAGUUGCCAAAUACUAAAUUCGACUCUUAUGAUCCAGUUACAGGUUGUUACAGAUUCGUGGUAGAACAUCCAAUUACCUCCUGA